CCUCCCCUCUCGCUGUUUAAAUUUGUAAACAAACAACGCAUCGCGCAAACUAUUUUUUAUACAAAAAAGUUUAAUUAAAAACAAGUUCGCUAUGAGUUCUUCUACUUCAAUGCGUUUUCUAGAGGAGAGGCAUGUUGCCAUUGUGGUUGACCUGCUUGUUUGGUCACAUCGAAUGGACCUGUUAGCAUUAUCAAACGUAAGAGGUGAAGUCUCUCUGCAGCGGUUGACAUGGCAAAAGGUUUGGACCCUUGCACCACCAAACCAAGGGCUGAUGGUGACUGCCAUGGCCUGGCGACCAGACAGCAAAAUCCUAGCAGUCGCUUAUUCCAACGGAGAGUUGCUGCUGGUCGAUGUUGAGAAUGGUGACGUUGUCCAUAGUCUGAAAAAUGUUGGAGAAGUGUCGUGCCUUUCUUGGCCUGAGUUGAAGGAAGAAGAGAAAAUCUCGCCUUGUAAUUUUAUGGAAGAAAAUUCCAAACUCCUUCCUCCUCUACCACUGCUCUCGAGAAGUUUCGGCCCUAUCAGCAAAGAAGAAAAUGCUGAGGACUCAAAGCAGAUCAGCAGCCAGAAGAAAUUGAACCUCCUUGUUUCUGGAACUGUUAACGGUGUGGUUUCUCUGCACGCCCUGGGUCUCCUCGCAUGUGGAUCAAUCGACAUGACAAACGUUUUCGAAGGCAAAAAGUGCAGAGUCUUGUCUGUUGCCAUGGACUCUGCCUUCAAGAGUUUGAUUGCCACAAUUUCAGUAGAGUCUGAUGAUGGCUGGUUGCUAAAUGUCGUUCAUCUUGAUACUUCGAAGGUUGCGAGCCAUUCGGAACAACUCCUUAUUUUGGUCAAGCAACAUGGUUUGAUUCUUAGUCAAGUUGCGUACCUUGGCCAGACCAUGAGCUCAAUAACAGAAGCGUGGGAAAACAUUUUGAUGGAAAUGGACUCCAAUCUGUCCAAGUAUGCCUCUCAGGUUGGGCCUGGCGCUGUCUCGGCAGACUUUUUGGACCUGCUGAUGCUUGGCUCUGCAAGCACUGAACUUCAGACAUUCCUUUUAAACGACUUGACCGAGAAGGGUCUGAAAAAGUUAGGCCAUUCAAUCGAAUUGUCUUACACAAAUAUCCAGAAGCUGGUUCUGAAACACUUGCAAGCUGUUGGUGCCGCAAUUUACUUUCACACCUCCGGACUCACCGGAAUGGCAAAUGAGAAGUUGUUCCAAGAAAUAGGACUUUGCUCUGAACUCAUAUUGCGAGCUUCGAUUUCAGCCGCAGCAUUUAUUACCAAAGCAACCGAGGUCCAACAAGUUAUUGAUUCUUCCAUGAAAAACUACAAAGCAUUCUUCCGUUGGCUUUACGCAGCGAUCCUGCGUUUGUCAGAUGAGCGGAUUCCACCUGAAAUUGUGAAAAUGCGCCAACAGGAACUGUCAUUCAUUGCCGAGUUUUUGGAAAAGUUUGAUGAGCUUCCAGGUGACGCUGAUGGUAAUAAGCCAAAAUUUAAUCUCGAGCGGCUCGGCCAGUACCUUGUUGACAAAGAUCUGACCACCCCGGGAGACGCUUCCAGUAAUACUUGGUACAAGUUUCUGAGUCAAGACCCUGAACUGAGAGACAACCCUGCCAUCAUUCCAAGGUUCGAGAAAAUGUCCCUGGUACAGCAACACAAGCACUUAUUGGCUGCGACAGACGAGCUGUUUGCUCACCCAUCCUCCAGCUUCCCGAUGCCUCUUUUGCAGAAGAAAAUAAUCCACUUUGUGAAAGAAAUCUCUCAGCUGCGCAUCAGCACCUUUUGCCACCAAGAAAAAUUCAUGGUGACGUUUGUUGAUAGGCAUGGUGCUCACGGCACCCUUCAAUAUGCAGAUAUUUGCCUUAAAACAGUUGAAGAUCCCGCUAGGAAAAUAGCUUUUAAAUUUACUGAAACCGUUAGCCACAAAGUGCUGGACGUCCAGUUCUUUUCCGAAGAGACUGUCUCUGUUCUGCUGGAGCAAGAGCAAGAAAAUAAAAUGGCAGUUUUCUUACAGUUCCCUAGCAGAAUUGCAAUGGAUCAUGCAAGUGCAUUCCCAGGAGAGCCAAAAGAGGCCACAAAUUACUUAGAGCCUAAUUCCCUCCGAAGUUUGGAGAACAUGGUUGGUGCUCAAUUAGCUGUUAGCGGCGAACGCAAGGUAGCUGUUGUGCUAAGCGAAAGUAGAAGGAGAGUUCGUCUUUUUGAAAUGGAGGCAGAAGAGGACGAAGAUGAAGAAGAGACGUUAAAUUCAACUCGUGAAAGUGACCAAGGUUGUUGAUAUCCUUGGCAAAUUUUUUUAACGAAAAUGAAUUAAAAAACGAGACU